AUGGAAGCAAAGAAUAAAACAAAACCAAAAUAAACUAAAUAAAAAGCAAAACUAUAGUAAAUUAUGGCAAUAAGCUUUGAAAAUCUUUAAAAAAAGAGUGGCACAUCUGAAAAUUAGAGUGGUGCAAUUCAAGAAAAUUAAAAUGAAUCUGCAUAAUAGUUUUAAAAAAUUUCUGAAGAUGAAUAUCAAAAUUAAUUAGAUGCUUAUUAUUAAGAAUAAAAUAAAAGAUUUUCAUUUAGUUAGCCAAUGAAUGAUUUGUAUUAGGUUUAAUUGUAAUAAUAGCAAUAACAAUAUUAAUAAUUAUUAAAUAAAUAACAAGAUAUUGCUCCAGUAUCUCCAAAAUAAAAGCAGUCUUAAAAUUAGAAUUAACCACAACAAUCAUUCAAAUAAUAAUAGCAUACCCAAUAAGAAGAAUAAAUCAUUAAUGAGUCUAAUUUAACAAAUAUAACAUAAUAAAGUCCUGUGUUUAUUCCAUAAAUUCCUUCUAAUUAAGUAUUCUAACAAUAAUUGGAUAAAAGCCCAAAAAAAUCAAGUUAUCAACAUGAGGAAUUAUUCUAAAUAAACUCAUAAUUGAAUGAUAGUUAGGAAAUACCAUAAAUGAAAAAGAUGUCCAUAAAAUCAGAACAUAUAAAAAAAUAAUCAAGAUAAAAUAAUUCAAAUACUAAUAAUAUUAGCAACAUUUUAGAUAAUUUUUUAAAUCAUCGAUAAAAAGUAAAUGACUAAUCAGGUCUUUAUUAAUCAGAAUUAUUUGAAGCACCUUAACUAUAAAAUUUUGGUGGAGGUUAAAAUGAAUAAUCUUUAAUUUAAUAAUAAUCUCUUUUACAAUCAAUACAUAAUGAAACUAUAGAAAUUGUUAAAGAAAAUAUCUAAUAAUAUCAUUUUGAUGAUAUUUAUUAAAAUGCAAGAAAGGAUUCUUCAAUGUAAAAAUCACUUGUAAAUGAUAAAGAUGAAGAAGAUUUAGAUAAUCUAUUAUAAGAACUUUACGAAUGUACAACAAAAUAAAUUCCAAAAUAAAUUAUAGAGUCAAACUCAAAAUAAGUAAACUAAAAAGCAAAAGAAGUAAUAAAUAAUGUUUUUGAUAAUUUACCUCAAGAAUAAUAAUCAUAAAUUAGUAAACCUGCUCCUUACCUAACAGGGAGUAAAAUUAUUAGUGAGUAAAAAAAUGACAUUUAAAGUCCUGUUUAUAAACAUAAUAUAUAGGAUGAAGUUGCCAAAUUCUCUACUUAAGAACAAAAAAAAGUUCAUAUUGAAGAUUUUUUUAACACAAAAUAAGAAUCAUAAUAAAAUAAAUAGAGCAACAAACCAAUCAUAUCUCAAUAAAAUAAUAAAGAAACAUUUCAUUAUUAGUCUAUUUAAGAUAAAUUGAAAAAUUCAAUUUAAAUCAAAGAGGCUGAAAAUUAAAAUUCAUAAUAAUAAUAACAAAUCAAUCAAACUACAAAACCUUUUUAAAUUAGUUCAACUGAUAGAAAUUAUAAAGCUAAACAAUGUUUUGGUUAUGAAUUAACAUUUAGAUAACCUUAAAAACAUUUGCUUACUAUGUCAUAAUACCUUUUUAAAUAUUCUAAAUUAAUAUAAGAACCAAAUUUGAAAAGGCUUUCUGAAAUUAAAAUUGAAACUGUAAUUGAUAAUAAUAAAAAUCAUUAAAUAUAAUGUGAUGAGUAUGAUGCUCAAUAAUUCAAAAAUUUAUUAAAAGAAAAAGAUCCUGAGUUUUUUUAACUAUGUUCAACAAAUUUUAUUUUAUUUUAAUAAGGAGAUACUAAUGAUAGUAAUUCAGCUUGGACUAAAUGCUAUAUGUUAUCUGAAAGCCUAAAAUCUUUUUUAUUUUCUUUAGGAUUUACUAUUGAUGAUGUAAUUUUUCAAAAUAUUUUAAAAGAAAUUUAUAUAUAUUAAGAGAAAAAUAAAAAAGACAAGUAUUAAUUAGAUUUGGAUGCUUCUUAUUACAGUGUGUUUUUAGCAUUUAAAUUGAUUUUUCCAAAUUUUGAUAAAUUAUUGGAAGUUGUUAAAUUUUUUUAAGAUCAAGAAACAAAUUUAAUUGAAGUAUCAACAUUAAAAUUAGUAUUGAAUAAAAUGUUGGAUGAGAAUUAGAUGAAUAAUGUUUUAAAAUGGUCAGACUAAUCUAUUAAACAUGAUUAAUUAUUUAAAGUGUUGACUUUGUUACCUUAUUGA